GAAUAUCAGCAUCCUGACACAUAUUUAGGUUUGAUAAAAUAGCCUAAUAUUGACACAGUUCUAGUACUUUACAUACGAGGUUCAUACAACAUGCAGAGAAAGGGCCUCAGAUAAGGUUGCCACAGUAACUUUUGGUCUAGUUUUGACACACCCAGACACCCAUCCAGACUUUAGUAUUUCUCAACUCAUGAUGUGAAAUCCACCAUCACCCCUUCAGACACACUCAAGUAACUUUAGCAUUUAUUCCACAUCACAAUCAAAGGAAAAGUGCACUUUUUAUACAGCUUUGUGGCGCUUCACAAUAAAGAUGUCGCCGUUAGUGCUCGGAGUCGGAGUGUGUUUAGCCGGCUGGAUUGCUCUUUAUGCUUUGCUGUGCUACACAAAUGGCUCUUGUGGCUAUGAAUGGAACUGUCGGCUUGUUACACUAUUCCAUGGCAUCCUUGCAGUCUGUAUAACUGCUUACAUUGGAUACAUAGAUGGACCGUGGCCUUUCACCUACCCAGGUACCAAAAACACCCCUCUGCAGAUCAGCGCAUUGGUGGUCAGUCUGGGCUACUUCAUCUUUGACAUGGCCUGGUGUGUUUACUUCCGCACCGAGGGCCUGGUGAUGCUCGCCCACCACACCAUGAGUAUUCUGGGUAUCCUGCUCACCCUGUGGCUGGAGGAGUCCGGCAUCGAGUCCUGCGCCGUUCUGUUCGGCAGCGAGAUUACCAACCCCCUGCUCCAGACGCGCUGGUUUUUAAAACACUCUGGUCGCUACGAUUCCUUUCUCGGAGAUGUGGUAGACGUCGUGUUCGUGGCGCUCUUUGUGUUCAUGCGCAUUUUCGUCGGCGGUGCCAUGUUGUACUGUGAGCUGAUCUCUCCGAGGCCUAAGUUCAUUAUUAAAUGUGGCGGAGUGGCCAUGUAUGCGCUAUCCUGGGUGUUCAUGGCGGAUAUUGUCCGUUUUACAUACCGUAAAUAUCAGGUCUGGAUGAAUCGGCACAGGAUGAUGGCAGAGGUCAACGGGCUAAACGUGAAGAAAGAUUGAAAUGGAUCUCUCAGAUAUCUGCCUCUUGUUUUUAACACUGGAGAGAGGAUUGAGAGCUAGCGAACCAGCUAAUAACGCUCUGCAGCUAAUAGAUGUUUACAUAUUUUUUUAAAAAGGAUAUCAGCCAUUAAUGUUCAUUUCUGGUUGGUCUUUUUUAUGAUUUGAAGUUACGAUUUAACACGGUAUUCUUACAAGCAAAUCUAAUUUCAUAUACUGUGUUUGUACUCAUCAGGAUUGAAGUGUUUUAAGUACUGGAUAUAUUUGAUAUUUUUUGUAUUUAGGAACAGUACUUUUAAGUCAAUUUAAUUAGUAACAUCGCCUUUACAGUUUUGCAUUUCCAUUAAAGGGGACCUAUUAUGCAAACUCUUUUUUUUUUUUAAUAUAUGGGGUUUAAACAUCUACCCUGUGAGGAUAUAGCCAACUUCUAGUGGUAAAAAUUAAUCCAUACUAUUUUCAUCACACUUUAUAAGAAACACGUUGAUUGUUGACAUCAUCGGAGGAAAGUCCCGUCAAUUAGUGAUGAUCUUUCCCCCGUUAGCAUAAACGCAGCCCUGAGUGAGGCCAUGUCCACACUCAUGGGUACUUUUAUGAAGAAAGAUUUCCCUGCUUUCGUUGUAAAAAAAAAAUCUGUCCACAUGAAAACGCAAAAGGUUAUGGACACGCCAAACCAACAGGUGGCGAUAGUGACACCUUUAUACUGGAUUAAGUAUAUUUUGCGGGUAAAUUGCAAUGUCAAUGGACAUUUCUCAAUUCUAAGAACGGACACGCGGUCUUGCUAUGUCACCUCGGAAGAACAAACUCGGGAGACUGCGAGAACAGAGAAUGCGUCCUGUGAGAAAUGAGAUGCUGCGUUCUUCCAGAUGGUCAUAUGACCGUCACACAUUUUUAACGGACAAUUAUUUAAAUAUUACAGCAUUCAUACGAUUUAUUGUUUUUAUCCUUUUCAGUAUAUACAACACGCACAAGCCUUACAAAAUAAACUUUGCACAAUACAAGUAAUACAGAUUUUAAUACGAAUUUCAACACCCUUAAUGUGUUUAUGCCUUUAUUACAAUUUUCAUGUUAAUGUUUACAUUCACCGUCUCAUUUGGGGAAACUCCUGAGAUAAUCAAGUUAUAUUUGUGAACUUUAAUAUUAAAAAUGCUGCUCUUCCCACCUGCUUUUUUCAGCCGCAAUGACUUCUUGGACUCUUAGAGCAAGCACUGUGCUGAAAUCUGCAUAGAUGCAUCCCUGAUACCAAGAACGCAUCCGGAAAACUUCAUGCGUCCUCGGUUCUAGCGGUGUUGAGUUUUGAAAUUGAGCUUUAGCAGUUGAUAAUGACGUUACACGAGGAUGCAGAAACGCUGUAAAACGCAUAUUUAGAAACAGCCAAUGCAAACUUGAGAACAGAGGGGGAUUACCGCUCUCUGGUUGGACAAUGCCAUAUGCGUGAUAUGUUUGCUUUGUGCAGAAUUUGCCUCAUUAACGUCUACCAUGUUCGGUGUGAGCCCAGCCAUUUUGGCCAAUCUAAAAGUAGAAAACAGCGUGCAUGCUGACGUUGUGAGGCGAAAACUCCAGUUUUAGCGUCCACACGACCACACUGUACCUGGAUUUUUUGAAAAAUCUUCACCUUAGCCGGAGUGUUCAGAAAGAUUCGGUUUCAGUCACCGAUACUGCGUUUUUAUGUGGACAAACAGCAGAACCACAUAGAAAAAGUGCAGCUUUGAAAAUACCCGUGUUCAUGUGGGCAGCGCCUGAUAAGUAGCACAGACAUUCUUAUGAGUAGGCCCGAGAGCACAAUCUCAUUAGAAUUUAAAGCCACAACCCUGAUCCCCAAAAGUGGCAAUUUCAAAGAGCUAUAAAAUUGCAUCUGCAGAGUAUUUUGAGCUGAAUCUUCAUAUACACACUUUAGGGUCAUCAGAGAUUUGACAUUUUGUAAAAAGCGGCAUAAUAGGUCCCCUUUAAACUUUAAGUAUGUGCAAUAUGCAGUAGGGAUUUUGAAACACUACUAAAUGUUUCUGGAGGAUUACUGAAUGAUUUUUGUGUGAAAAAGUAAACCCAGAAAUCUUUUUGUGUUUGGAAUUUUUAACUAUUUUAAAAAGGGAAACUGAGUGACUUACAAACUGUCCAUCUGUCAUGGUGAAUUGACCACACCAGUUGAUAAAAUCAAUAAACAUUGUCAUAAGUUUCAUAAAUUAGAUUGAAGUGUUAAAGGGUGUUGUCACAUCUCAGAUUAAACAUAACUAUGUUAUAAUGGUGUGUGUAAUUGUAUCAUAUAUGUGUUAAAGAAAAGGGAUUUUCUAAGCAUUAGAAAAUAAAAGUGUAAUACAUCUUUA